CUGGCCGUGUCUCUGCAGUACCUGGAGUCCGUGCACCCGCUGCUGAAGGAUGAGAAGUACCGCGAGAUGGUAGUCCUGGCCCAAGCCUUCCAGCAGCACACAGCUCCCAGGCUGCAGAAGUACCUGGUCCUCAAAUCUUGGUGGGCAACCAACUAUGUGAGCGACUGGUGGGAGGAGUACGUCUACCUGCGUGGACGAGGCCCCAUCAUGGUCAACAGCAACUACUACGCCAUGGAUUUCCUGUACGUGACACCCAGCCCCCUGCAGGCAGCCCGGGCUGGCAACUUCGUGCACUCCAUCCUGCUCUAUCGGCGGAAGCUGGACCGCGAGGAGAUCCCCCCGGUGAUGGCGCUCGGCAUCGUGCCAAUGUGUUCCUUCCAGAUGGAGAGAAUGUUCAACACCACCCGCAUCCCCGGGAUGGAGUCAGACACCCUGCAGCACCUGUUGGACAGCAAGCACCUGGCCGUCUACCACAAGGGCCGCUUCUACAAGGUGUGGCUGUACCAGGGCGGGAAGCUGCUGAAGCCACGGGACCUGGAGCUGCAAUUCCAGAGGAUCCUGGACGACCCGUCGCCCCCGCAGCCUGGGGAGGAGAAGCUGGCGGCACUCACUGCUGGGGAAAGGGUCCCGUGGGCCGAAGCCCGGGCCAGGUUCUUCAACCGAGGGAAGAACAAGGUGUCUCUGGACGCCAUCGAGCGGGCUGCCUUCUUCCUGGCGCUGGACGAGGAGGCGCACGGGUACGAGCGGGGCAGAGAGGAUAGCAUGGAUGGCUACGCCAAGUCCCUGCUGCAUGGCCGCUGCUACGACAGGUGGUUCGACAAAUCCUUCACCUUGAUCGUGUAUAAGAACGGCAAAGUGGGCACCAACGCGGAGCACGCGUGGGCCGACGCACCCAUAAUGGGGCAUCUCUGGGAGUUCGCGCUGGGGACAGACAAAUUCCACCUUGGCUACAGCGAGGCGGGGCAUUGCUGUGGGGAGCCCAGCGCAGCCAUGGCCCCUCCCCAGAGGCUGCAGUGGGACAUUCCAGAGGAGUGCAGGAAGGUUAUCGACAGCUCCUACCGCGUGGCCAAGGCACUGGCAGACGACGUGGAUUUCCACUGUUUCCAAUUCUCCAAUUUCGGGAAGGGCCUGAUCAAGCGAUUCAAGAUCAGCCCCGACGCCUUCAUCCAGAUCUCGCUGCAGCUGGCUCACUUCUGGGACAAGGGCAGCUUCUGCCUCACCUAUGAGGCGUCCAUGACGCGUCUCUUCCGGGAGGGCAGAACUGAGACAGUGAGAUCCUGCACCAGGGAGUCCAUAGCAUUCGUACGGAGCAUGAUGGACCCGGCCCGGGGCCAGCUGGAGCGUCAGCAGCUCUUCCGGGUGGCAGCAGAGAAGCACCAGCAAAUGUAUCGCCUGGCCAUGACGGGCGCCGGCAUUGACCGACACCUCUUCUGCCUCUAUGUGGUCUCCAGGUACCUGGGGGUGGAGUCGCCUUUCCUGGCGCAGGUGCUGGCUGAGCCCUGGCGUCUGUCCACCAGUCAGACUCCCCAGCAACAGAUCAAAAUGUUUGAUAUGGAGAAGAACCAGGAUCUCGUCUCUUCCGGAGGUGGCUUUGGCCCAGUGGCUGACGACGGAUACGGCGUCUCUUACAUCAUUGCUGGCGAGAACCUGAUCACCUUCCACAUCUCCAGCAAGUUCUCCAGCCCCGAAACGGACUCCAGACGGUUCGGGAGGAACAUCCGCCAGGCCAUGCUGGACAUCGCAGACCUCUUCAACGUUCCUGCCAACAAGGUGGCCAACUGACCCUGCGCCACGAGAGGGGCGAUGGCCCCUGUGCCGGAAGAGUGUGAGGCUGGCCCCAGGGUGGAGAGCGUGGCCCCAGAACACCAGGCGAGCUGGCGGGGCUGCCCCUCCGGUGCCAGCGCUCACCCUGCAGUAGGUCCCUGCCGUUCGGAGCCCGCCCGGCCAGCCACGGGUUCCUGGGGACCCACAAAGCCGUGGGAAUGGGUGCGGGAGAUGUCUUCCCUCAAUAUUACUGAUAAAGAAGGCUGUUUGUG